CAUCUGUUUUCACACUCGUUCCGCAUUUUGUCUUUGUCAAAUCCCAACUUCUGGUCCUAGUUCUUACCUCUUCUCUUGUUCACCGUCGAUCGACUCAGACAGAUCCCGCCAAGCCCGGACGGCUGCUGUAACUCACAACCCAAUUCUUCAAUGAAGCUAUCCACAUCGACUUCUGAAAACCCCGUCAUGAUCCCCAGAGACGGGGUGAUAAGACGGAGCAACUUCAUUCUCAGGAGCUUGUGAAACCCCACAAUCUCGGCCAGCUCACCUGUCAGGGGCAUCGGCGUAACCUUCAGCCGCACCCCAAUAAGUGCUGGCCUGCAGCCAUCACACCUAUCAGAGGCUGUUCGCGACGCCAUGUUAUGCACAGCGCCGUCUAGAUUCAGUCAAAGUAUUGGGGUCUGAGCCUUGCUCAGCGCCCAAUGAUCCCAUGGACCCUGAUCGCAACUCUUGCCCAGCUCGACACCCCGGGUAGCAAGAGGAAAAUGAAGGACAUGUGUUUGUGGUCCCCGCCGCAGGGCUGUUCAAGCUCCUCUCGUUUUCUGUCAAGCUUCGUUUUUUCCAUGUGUUUUUCGCGUCGACUGUGUUGAAGAAGGGAACCAUUAUUUGUACGCCAAGCCGGUUGAUAAUCAAGAGCCGCAAUGCUGGUGCCUUCAGCAUCACUGGCGUCGCCGACGCCGUCAGUCACUCCGACUCCGACCUUUGAUGUCUUUGGCGCUGCUUUGCUUCGACCACGCCAGACCGACUUCUAUGGGGGUUGCUAUAACUACGGAUCAAAUGUUUACUCCUGCACGACCCAUCUGUCAGAAUGCUACAGUGACUUUGACUUCAUGACAGCCGGAGGAGGGCCGGAGAAUGGACUUGCCUACAACAGUGCCGUCGACUCGGCUGUUCAGUCAUGUGUCUGCACCCAUGGACAAGCCUACUGGAACUGCUGGUAUACUAGAAUCGCGACUGGAACCUGCUCCAGUUUGUAUGACGGCUGGAAUGAUCUAUACGCCUCAGCCCUCGGAUCAACAUGCAGCAACAUCAUUGGCGGCCCCCAGGGCCAGCAACAACCUAACAUACCGACUUCUGUGUCUCUCGCGUUACAAACCGUCAACGUCGUUACUGUCAGCACUCGUAUCAACACUCCCGCCUACGACGGACAGCCCAAAUUCCAAGGCACAGGUGCUCUCCUCAAGGACGAAUGUGGUCAAGCCAGCUUCACUCUCGUAGACGCUGGGAAUACCGCAUAUUACGCUGGCUUCCUCGGCUGCAUCAAAGACCGCCCUGGUUGCUGUCCUUGGCCCGUCGAGACCGCCGCCGCAGCAGUUGCCUCGGCGGUGUCUGGAUCCAACGCGGCAGAGCUGGAGAAGCUUGGCUUCGACUACCCCAUUCCUGUCGACGCAAAGCAAGCCAGACUUCAAACAUGCGCUGAGGAUUACUAUUCUGUGGAUGGCGGCUGCUGCCCCAACGGCUUCGUACCAUUCACCUCGGCGGUGGGUGGCCAGACGCCCUGCUGGUCUUCCAUCAAAGCUGGGACUACCCGACCCCCUACCCUCACGGUGGAAAGGGGCAAGGAAACCAAGACCGACCGGGAGACCUCGGCGGUCGUCAACAUUGUCUGGUCUAUGCGUUAUCCGGUUGUGGAACAAAGCUCUGGCGGCCUCUCGGUAGCAGCCAAAGCUGGCAUCGGUGCCGGUGCAGGCGUAGCUGCCAUCCUCAUCGGUGGUCUUGCCUUUUGCCUCUGGCGUCAACGCAAAAAGAACAAGCAGCUCGAGGCCCGGCAGCCCGCCGACCCCAAUUCCGCAGCAGCGGCAGCAGCCCAAACAGUCCCCCAGCAGCAAAUGGCACAAACCCAACCCCAACCCGGGCAACCUCAACAGUUCCCUAACGGCCAAUUCCAGCCCAUGCCAGGUCAGCAACCACCACCACCACCACCUCAAGGCCAAUACCCCCCGCCGGCCCAGUUCCAAAACGGCCAUCCCUCUCCCAACCAAUACAUCGCCGCUGGUGCCAUACCCCCGGGAACAGACCCCUCCCGCCACAGCGUCAACACAUCCAUCUCCUCCCCCUCCGCUCUCAUGCCGCAAAACACCGGAGCUUCCAACACAACCAACGGCCACGCAUCCGAGUUGUCAUCUCUGAGCGGUGGACAAAACCCAUUCAACACCCACCCUCAGAGCACCCCUUCCCCGGGACUGGGUGCCGGACCGGGCGGGUACCCGGCGCCUAUUGCCGAGGCAGAUGAGGGACAGCAUCAUGGUCAGAAUCAGUUUUACGGCGGUGGUUAUCAGCAGAAUCAAGGGCAGUAUUACAACCAGCAACCACCGGGGGGGUUCCCGCAGCAGCAAUAUGGUGCCCCGUACGUGCAGCAAGGGGGCCAGCAAUGGCAGGGUCAGCCGCAGGGACAGAAUCCGUGGCAGGGCCAGCAGUAUCAUAACGCGGCGGAGAUGAGUGCGCAGAGGGAGGCCGAUCCCCCUCAGGAGGUUAUGGGGAGCUACCCGCAGAGUAAUCAGCAGCAACAGGGCCCGCCACCCCCUCACCACCACCAGCAGCAGCAGCAGCAGCAGUGA